GGGUGAGGAUCCGACCACAGACGAACCAGCAGCGGCAGGAGAUGCCAGAGAGAUGCGGAACUCUGAGGGGCUCAAACAGCCUCCAGACUGCAAGGCUUCGGGUUUUCAUCCUCAUAAAGUUUUAGAGAAGAGGUGGAGCCCUAGCCGAGCAGUCCAGUUUGAACAUGGCAGCUCAGACAGUGGGUCCUGUCUUUGACGUGAUGCCCCCUCUUCUCCAUGCAGAGUCUGUAGCUCAUGGAAGACCAGGCUCUGGUUCUGGUUCUAGUUCUAGUUCUGAAUCCUACGUUGAGAAAAAUGUUUCCAACCUCAAAAUGCAGACACACGAGCUCCGCUCCUUCGGACUGGCGUUUCAGGAGAGCCUUGCCACUCCAGAGGACGUUGCUGCAACAGGUUUCGACGAGAGUAACGGCGACGGUGUGCGUCGCAAGCGUGAGUUCACCCCCAGUGAGAGGAAAGACGAAAACUACUGGGACAAAAGAAGGAAAAACAACGAGGCGGCCAAGAGGUCUAGGGAGAAGAGGCGGGCGAACGACAUGGUGCUGGAGCGCAGGGUCCUGGGUCUGCUGGAGGAGAACGCUCGCCUGAAGGCCGAGGUGUUGGCCCUCAAGUUUCACUUCGGGAUGGUCAAGGACCCGUCUGAUGUGUCCAUCCUGCCAUUGUCCACACCACCCAGUUUGACCCCCAGUAACACAGAUGGCCUCUCAUACUACAACACCCACCACACCCAGCCUGUGCAGGGUGUUUGGACAGAAAUGUCUCCACAGACUGGCAGUAGAGACUCCAGCGUCCGUCCAUGUGUCCCACAGGCAGACAGCACUGGGUUUUAUGAUGACACAUUGGAUGAGUGGGUCAGGCCUCCACCAACACAGCAUCCACAGGUGUGUGAGGCAGCGAGCGGAAGAGCAGACUCAUCCGACCGUCUGAGGAACCUCCCACACAAGCUCCGGUUCAAAAACCCACCCGAUGGGAGGGUGUCUUCAUCACCUGAUAGCAAACCUGCUGGCCCACCUGUAGCCAUGGUGGAGCCGAACAUCCAGGUAAAAACAGCCCAGAAGGGGGGAUGGGCUGGUCAGGCCGCGGUCCAGGCCCCUUAUGGGUGUGAGCAGCAGCAGCAGGUCCGGGACUCGUCCUGUGGACUCGAUGACUCCUCGUUUCUUCAGAAGUCAAACAGGAAGUUCUUAGCAGGAGAUGUGAGUCUGAGGACGCACAUCAGCAGUUUGUCGCAGGAGGUGGCUCAGCUCAGGAAGCUCCUCUCCCAACAGCUUCUCCAUAAAAUCCCUUAAAAAGAAAACCUCAAACCCAAACGUUGACAGAGAUCUCAUCCACUCAAACAUACAGUUUAUAACCAAUCUCCGCUAAAACAGCAACGUUUUUAUAACCAAUCUUUAUUUCUAUGUAUGGAUAAAUCUGACAGUGACUUUUCAAUUUUAUUGGGUUAAUAUAUUAGUAAGAAGACUGUGGGAAAUGGGGAGAGCUUAUAGAAAAUAAAAAAUGUAACAUUAAUUCUCACUGCUUUGUACAAUUUCAACUAUAUGGUUUGUUUGACAAAAUUUUUUUCUUUUUAUUUAUAAAAUUACUCUAAAGUUGUAAUUAGUGUGAUUAAAAUGUUUUUUUUUUUUCAGUAUUUUAUUCUGUCUGUUGAUCCACACAAGCACAUAACCUGUUAGGUUUGAACUGGCCAGCUGCAAAACUGACUUCCUCUUAAUUCAUUUAAAGCUAUACUUUAUUGUAGAAUAAUAAUAACAAAAAAUCUGACCUGAUCAUAUUGCUUUUAUGAAUCAAUUCUGAUUAAAAUUUUUUAUUUUUGACAGAAAACCUCCAGAAAAAACCCUUAAUGUCAAAUUAAAAUCUGAGUUCUUGAAAAGUGAUGACAAUUAAAUAAAAAAUAUGAACAUUAAAUAAGUGAUUGCAUGAAUAUUCACCACCUUCAAAUCAGUAUUUAGUAGAUGCACCUUCCACAGCACACAGUCUGUGUGGACAGGUCUCCAUCAGCAGCUGCAUUCCUCCGCUCUUCCUUGUAAACUGUUCAACCUCUGUCAGCUCUUCUCCUCAGACACUCCAUCCUCACACGGACUGUUUGUGGUGAUGUGCAGUGUUCGGCGUCUGAUAUGUUCAAUGCUUUAGAGAAGGUCGUUUCCAUCCUCUGACUCAUACUUUCAGUAGAAUUUUCUCUGAUUUGCUGGGAGUGUUCUUUCUUUUUGUCUGGCCAGGAAUACUGACGAACCAGUGAAUGAACCUUCCAGUUUAAAGACCCAGAUGUCUUUAUAUUACAAUCACUUAUCUGAUCUCCAUUUCUCCUAUUCCACAGUAAGUGGAAAACCAAUUGGCUGGACCUCUGUUGAAUUUAUGCAACGCCUUAUUUUAUGUAAUAUAAUUUGCAUUUAGUUGUCAUUAUCUUGUAGAAAUCAGUUUUAGCUUUGACAUUGAAAGCUUCUUCUUUCUUGUGUGGGUCAAGAAAGCUAAAUUUUAUUGAUUGAGAUUGAUUUGUAAAAACA